GGUGUGUGGAGUGUGGAGUCAGACUCUCAUAAUCAUAAUCAUAAUAAUAUCCCAAAUUGACCCCAAAAAGGAAAAGGAACCCGAGAUGGCGGCGGCCAAACUUCACGGCGGCGACAUAGCGAUGCGUCUUCCUUCCCCGAUAACUAACCGGCUGCCGAGCAUAGCCUCUUUCGCUCCACGGAGGCAGAUAGUUGCGUUGGCGGCGAAGAGAAGCCCUAAACGUCUGAAGUACUCGACUCCUCGCUUCACUAAGGAGGGGGGAUUGGUGUACAUUGAGGUCGAUCCUAGUGGUGGUGAUGCCUGGAAACUCCAACCUGUGAUUGACCUCCUCAAACAAGGAGCUGUUGGUGUUAUUCCCACUGAUACCGUGUAUGCCAUUGCCUGCGAUUGUAAAAACCAUUCCGCCGUUGAGCGUCUCCGAAUGAUCAAAAAGAUUGAACCAUCCAAGCCACUUAGCAUCUUAUGCCGCUCCUUACGGGAUAUAGACACAUUUACAAUGGGGUUUCCUCGCGGCGAUAGUCACGGUCAUGCUAACAUUUUUCGAGCUGUCAAGCAAUGCCUUCCUGGACCUUACACCUUCAUCUUGACUGCAAGCAAAGAAUUACCCAAGCAGUGUGUUGGGUUUGGCACCACAAAUGUGAAAUAUGCAUCAAGGAAAAACGUGGGUGUCCGCAUAUCUGAUGACGCUGUCUGCCAAGCUAUUCUCCAAGAGAUGGAUUCCCCACUGAUUUGCACCAGUGUCAAAGGGCCAAAAGAAAAUGAAUGGAUGAUUGAUCCAACCGCAAUCGGUGACAUAUAUGGACCAAAGGGUCUAGAUUUUUUGGUAGAUGGAGGUGUGCGAGUGGCUGAACCAUCCACCAUCGUGGAUAUGACAGGACCAUAUCCCAAGGUCAUACGGGAAGGCAAGGGACCUAUAUUUCCAUGGAUGGUGGUUGAUGGAAUCGUGGGAACAUAGUAAUUCUUGAUGUUCGUUUGCAUAUAUAUUCUCUAGUGUUUUAGUACUACUUUCACUCUAUUUCUUCGGUCAGUUCUUUUUGGGAAAACUUAUACAACCUAUUCUGUAAACUUUCAUCUUAGAACGGGAAAAAAAACUAACAAAUGAGAGAUGUAUAGAUAACAAUAUCAACAAGAACCUUCACCCAUGCAAGAAUAGCAAGAUAAAUCUCUCCA